AUGAAUGGUGAGAUGAUAGAGAAUGCCAUCAGGAGUUGGAAGAUCGAUGCGGGAGAGAGUAACAGAAGAUCGGCCUCGAGAAGGAAGGAGAGCGAGGUGAAUAACACGAGUAUAUACAACAAGGGUUUCUCGAAGUCAGUAACAGUGAGCCAGCCAGGAAAGGUGGCUGCCAGUCAGCAAAGCUCGUCGAGACAGGAGGUCGGUACAAGGCAAAAUGUUGAGAGGCCCCAAUUCACGUCAAUUCCUAUGUUAUACAGGGAACUAUACCAAAAUUUAUUUGACGCACACGUAGUUUCCCCUUUCUAUCUGAAGCCCUUGCAACCCCCGUAUCCCAAAUGGUACGAUGCGAAUGCACAGUGCAAUUAUCAUGCGAGAAUAACAGGGCAUUCUAUAGAAAACUGUACGGCCUUUAAGAAGUUGGUUAAAAGGCUCAUUGGUAUGGGUGUCGUUAAAUUUGAUGACUCGACCAAGGUAAAAAACCCAUUACCAAACCACACUGAUGGUGGGGUAAAUAUAGGCGAAGACAGAUUGAUCAAGGCAGACAUUCUGGAUUUGAAAACUCCUUUGAGAUGGGUCUGGAAGGAGAUGGUGAAAAGGGGACUAAUCGUCUCAGAAGGAAGUUGUGAAAAGAGGAGGAACUACUGUGAGUUCCACCAUGAAGUGGGGCAUGAAAUCCAAGAGUGUACGAGGUUCAGAGCCCUGAUACAAGGUAUGAUGGAUAAUAGGGAGCUGGAAUUCUGUAAAGGAGUUCAAGAGGAGAGUUAUGUAUGCGCAUCGGAGUUGGCAUUGGGAGUCCCGAAGGCUAACCGUCCUGUGGUCAUCAUCUCGCGACCUCAGAACAGUGAGGUUGGGGCACGAAUAACACCAAAAGUAAUCAUUCAAAAAUCGGCUGUGUUUGCAUAUAAGGAUAACAGGAGGGUUCCUUGGAGUUACGAUUGUAAUGUGACAAUCCCGGGGAAGGAGGAUGUAAUCAAUAAAGAGGAACAGGAUGAAGGAAGGCACCACGAACAGAUGAAAGCACGAGUAGAGCCAAUAAGGGAAGAAACUUCAGUUGAAAAGAAGAAGAAUGUGGUCGAACCUGAAUUGUUGGUCAAUGAACCAAUCAAAGAGGAGGAAGCUAGAGAGUUCUUGAAGUUCAUAAAGCAUAGCGAGUAUAGCGUUGUGGAACAGCUGCACAAACAACCAGCUCGCAUAUCUGUGCUAGCUUUACUCCUGAACUCGGAGGGACAUCGAAAUGCACUACUGAAGGUGCUAAAUGAAACUUAUGUUGCCGACGAUAUCUCUAUUAACAAGUUGGAUCGACUGGUCGGUAAUAUAAGCGCUGAUAACUUCAUCUCUUUUAGCGAUGAUGAAAUACUACCUGGGGGUAUAGGAUCUACUAGAGCUUUACACAUCACUGCAAAGUGUAAAGGGUGCAUGUUACCAGGAGUUCUGGUAGACAACGGGUCGGCACUGAAUGUAUUGCCUCUAUCCACGCUCAACAGGCUACCUAUGGAUAGUUCACAUAUGAGGUCGUGCCAGAAUAUGGUGAGAGCAUUUGAUGGCACCGAGAGGAAAGUCAUGGGAAGAAUUGACAUACCCUUGUUAAUUGGCCCAACUUUCUAUGAGGUAGACUUUUUGGUUAUGGACAUCAAGUCUUCUUACAGUUUCCUAUUAGGAAGGCCGUGGAUUCAUGCAGCAGGUGCGGUACCGUCAUCGUUACAUCAAAAAUUGAAGCUAGUGUCAGAAGGCUGGGUAGUGACGAUAGAUGCUGAAGAGGAUAUCAUUGCAUCUGUGACUAACAAUGCGCCUUAUUUGGAGACGAGUGAUGAUGCAAUCGAGUGCUCUUUCCGUUCCUUGGAGUUUGUAAAUGCAACAUUCAUCUUUGAGGGAAAUAAGAUCCCGAUGCCGAGAAUAUCAAAGACCACAAAGAUGGGGCUGCAAUUGACAGGCCGAGUUGAGACUCCAGUGUUGAAAGACAAGCAGGACCGUUUUGGCUUAGGAUACAAGCCAGAUGCUAGGCAGAAGAGGAUAGAGCAGGAAAAGAAGCGAGAGAGAAGAAUGGCUCGUUUGACAGGUGAUGAAGUCAAAUGGGAACCCAUGACCUUUCCUCACCUAUCCAAGACUUUUGUAUCGGGAGGAUUCAUCUAUCAAGGAAUGCUAAGGGUCAGAAGUAUUAACACGGAGUUAGAGAGUAUUCAUGCCGUAUAUGAAGAAGCGACGGGAGGAAAAACUUUGCCGGAUAUUCGUCCUUACGAGUCGGGAAGGGCGCUAAACAACUGGACUGCAGAAAAAAUACCUGUAGUUUUUAGGAUUUCCUCAGAGUAA